CCGCAAGUAAAUUAAUGAUCAAAAUGCAACAGAAUUAGGUUCUGCUCUAUCAAAGUGCACUAAUAUCUCAUAUUUGAAAAUUACUCUUGAUCGUAAUUAAAUUGGAAAUCAGGGUUUAGAAAGUUUGUGUUCUGCUUUAGCAAGUUUUUCCAAUCUAUCGAAUUUGAUACUUAGUCUUAAUGAUAAUUAAAUUAGCGCAAAAGGUGCUUUAGUACUUGGUUCUGCUUUAUCUAAUUGCACAAAUCUCUCAAAUUUGAAACUUGAUCUUUCUUGCAAUUAAAUUGGCGGUGAGGGUAUAUCAGGAUUAUGCUUUGCUUUAGAAAAGGGAAUUAAUCUAUCAAAUGUUAAACUGAUUUUUGAAGGUAAUUAAAUUGGUAAUGAGAGUGCAUCUGCCUUAGGUUCUGCUUUAGCAAAGUGCAACAAUCUCUAAAACUUAAAGCUUGAUCUUCGUUCCAAUUUAAUUGGUUCACAAGGUGCAUUAGCCUUAAGUUCUGCUUUAUCAAAGUGCAAAAAUCUCUCAAAGUUUUCACUUUAUCUCAAUGAAAAUUAAAUUGAUGAAGUUGGUGCAUCAGACAUAGGUUCUUCUUUAUCAAGCUACACUAAACUCACAGAUUUGACACUUGAUCUUGAAUGGAAUUUAAUUUUCGAUAAAGGUGUAUCAGCUUUAGGCUUAGGUUUAGCAAAGUGCAAUAAUCUCUAAAAUUUGGAACUCUGUUUCAAAUGGAGUUAAAUUAGUACAUAGGGUGUAUACGACUUAAGUUCUGCUUUAAAUAGAUGUAUUAAACUCUCAAAUUUAACGCUUGAGCUUGGGUAAGUAGUUCAUGACUUUUUAAUAUGA